AUGGCAUCUAUAAAAGAACAAAUCAACACUUAUUUAGAUGGACGCAAAGACAAGUAUAAUGGUUUGAUUGUAAAUUCAAAUGCAUAUAAAAAUAUUUUAUCUAUAAAUGAUCUUAAAAAUGUACUUGAAUAUUCUGAAACUUUAUGGAGAGAAAAACAUUAUAAUUGUAUAUGGAUUAAAGUUAAUAUUGAGCAAAGUGAUUGGGUUCCUAUAUUGACAAAAGUAGGAUUUAAGUAUCAUCAUGCUCAGGAAAAUUUUGCUAUGUUAACAAAGUGGCUUUCAACAACAAAAAAAUCAUCUCUUCCAAGAUAUCCAUUUACAACAAUUGGAGUUGGUGGUAUAACAAUAAAUUCAAAGGGCCAAAUUCUGUUGAUGCGCGAAAAAAAAGGAAAUUAUUUAGGAUGGAAAUUUCCAGGGGGUUUACAAGAUUAUGGAGAAGAAAUUGAAGAUACAGCAAUAAGAGAAGUUAAAGAAGAAACUGGUGUGGAAACAAUUUCAGAAGGAAUCAUUUGUUUCAGACAUUCUCAUCAAACACCUUAUCCUAAUUGUAGUGACAUUUAUUUUUUAGUAGCAUUAAAACCCAAAGAUGAAUCCAAAAUUGACAUAGUAAUAUGUCCAGAUGAAACAGAGGCUGCAAGAUGGUUUACUAGAGAAGAAAUUAAAAUUAUAUCUGGAAUAGAGAUUCAUGAUUUUCAUUUAAAUAUCAUUGAAUUAUAUGAUAAUUGGAAAAAAGCACCAGAAAAAGAUCUUCAGUCUAACGCUCUCCCAACUGAGCUAUCAUGGCUCGAGGGUGGAGUCAAAGUAAACUUCCUGACAGCCAGCUGGUAUGAAAAUGCAGAAAUAUGA